CCAAAACAUGAACAAUUUUCCCAGUGAACAUGCACACAAUUGCGGUGCCCAUUCUUCUGGUGCCCCUUCAGUGCACCAAACCCUAGAUGAGAUGGAGUUUGAGCGAGGAAUUUGGUCAGCUGCCUUAAAUGGAGAUUAUGUGGAAGUCCAGAGACAUUUAGAGAAAGGGGAAAACACCAACAUAACUGACAGCUCAGGCUACACUGCUCUGCAUUAUGCCAGUAGAAACAAUCACCUAAACAUCUGUGAUCUGUUGCUGAAAUCUGGUGCUGAUGUUAACUGUAUAACCAAAUCAGGAGUUACCCCCCUUCAUAGAGCUGCAUACAGGGGAAACAUAGAGAUAUUACAAUUAUUACUUAAAAGAGGAGCAAGUCCUACCAUACAAGAUUGUGAUGGAAAGACUGCACUCCAUAAGGCAGUGGAAAUGGAGAAGACUGAUGCUGUUGAUGUCCUUGUUAAACAAUUUCCAGACAGUGUAUCUAUAAUGGACAAUAAAGGACAAACUCCCAUCUCCUAUGUUAAGGACCAAAGUAAUCCAUUGUACACCAAACUAAUGCAUCAGAAUACAGGAUAAAUAGAAACAUUCAUCUUUGUUUGCAUAUUUUGUCAAGCAUUCAAGAUGAGCUAAUUUUCUUCCAAAAAUCAAGCCCUCCGGUUACAUGGUAGACAAAUAAAACAAAGCAAACAACAAAAAAAAUUAUGAGAGUUUAUCAAAAUAUGAAACUUAUUUCAUGCAAUAUCCUUCUUCUAUGUAUGGUAAUAUGCAAAUGAUUGUAACUCUCACCUUCUGUAUGCCACCAACUCAAAAAUGCCAGUAUUUUUUGUAUACUGUAAACAUACCUUUUUUCCACAGGAUCACAAUUCUGCAGAAUUAAAAAUCUUGUUUAAUCUGCAGGAAAAAAGUGGAUUUCUUGGAUUGCUAUGGAACCUCUUAAAUGCACUUAAAGUAUGCGACAACAAAUUUCCCAGAAAUUUUUAUUACUGCAUAUGUAGCGUAAAUUAAUCCCAAAAUGUACAUCUAUAGUAUAUAAAAGUAGAUAUGUCUAUUUCUUGUUUAUAGCCUCUCUCAAUAAGUGGUGUCAUUUUCCCAGGUAUGCAUUACAUGUGUAUAACAUCCAGUCAUCAUAAUUCAUAAAAUAUUGCAACUUAAAAUAUAAAUCAAUAGAAUGAUGAGCUAUGUUGCUCAAGUUGUGGAGUCAACUGUUUCUGUAACUGUGUACUGUAUUCAAUUUCCAAACCUUGCCUCUUGCUGGAAAGUUAUCAUUUUAAAUAAAUUAUAAUAAAAUGUU